UUUCAUUGUGUGAAGUGAUGCCGAUGGCUGCGGCGCUGGAGUGCUGGUCGGGCCGGCCGAGCACGGACGAGGACAUGGUCGAGCAAGUCCUCAUGAAGACCCACGACCGCUCCGAGGCCUUCAACGCCACCACCACCACCACCACCUCCUCCUCCUCAUCAUCAUCCUCCUCCCCCACCCAUCCUCACCAUCCUGCCCAACCUAAGAAAUGGCAACGCCUCGCCGGCGCCGCCAUUGCUGCCCUCAAGAGCUCCCUCAACCUUGACUCUCCUCGUGACCCUUCCACCUCCUCCACUACUACUCGCAUUGAUCGCCUCCUCUGGGGCGCCGUCGUUCGCAACCUCACCCAGCUCUACCCUGGCAGCCAACUCCCUGAACGCCUCAUCGCCAACAUCCGCCGCCACUUCGACUCCCUCCCUACCAGCUACUCGCAGGCGGGGUUUGAGAUGAAGGACGUGCUCCUCCAUGUCCGGUUGAUAGAUCAAGCCAUUUCCGAUGAUCACCCCGCGCUCCAUGUUCAACGAGACCAGAACGAUGUUGGGGAGGAGGGUGUCUUCUUCAAGCUGACAUUCGCCAGCAACUCCUCUCUUUCAUGGCCAGCGAUGUCCAGCGCGCUCGAGAACUCCUCGAUCUGCUGCAAAAGGAUUCAGAUCUUCGAGAAAAAGGGGGUUUCCCUCGGUGUCGUCACGGUGCUCGUUCAAUCCGGCAGCGAGAAGCAAUUCAAAUCAAGGAUCGAGGCCGCGUUGAAAUCGGCCUCGAAGAAGCCGAGGAACGCCGGUGUGAAGCUUCCAUUCGGGCUUUGCGGGUGCCAAGACGAGAGCUCGAACACUUGUGAAGAGGAUGCCGAUUCCGGGCUUGCCAUCGAGGCUGAGAUAGUCCGCCGUGUUGAUCUCCAAGUUCCUUUGCCUGAAACCUCAAUCGUCGUCGCCAUUGACGAAUGGCAAACCAUUCGAUCAGGAGGGGAAGAGCUCGGGCGGUGGCUGCUGAACUCCGACGAAGUCGAGAUCGCCGAACGCGCCGGUCCCAAUUCAUUCAAAGGGAAUCUCAGAGCAAAGAGAGUGCACAUCCAAAAGCUAAGAGGAUGCGAAAGAGGAAGUGCUUAUGAGAUAGAAAUCCGCAAAGAUUUGCUUCAACUCAUGAGCUGUGGGCAUAAGCACAUUCUCCAAUUCAAUGGCAUUUGCAUUCAGGACAACCAUGGCCUUUGUGUGGUUACUAGAUUGAUGGAAGGUGGAUCAGUGCAUGAUGUGAUUCAGAAGAACAAGAAGAUGGCUUGUAAAGAUGUCAUCAAGAUUGCUUUGGAUGUUGCAGAGGGUCUCAUGUUCAUGAACCACCAUGGAGUUGCUUACAGAGAUUUGAACACACAUAGGAUUCUGUUGGAUAGGCAGGGGAAUGCUUGUCUUGGAGAUAUGGGCAUUGUCACUUCUUGUAGGAAUGUUGGAGAGGUCACUGAGUAUGAGACGGCCGGAUACCGGUGGCUCGCCCCCGAGAUAAUUGCUGGGGAUCCUGAAAGUGUAAGUGAGACUUGGAUGAGCAAUGUGUACAGUUUCGGAAUGGUGAUUUGGGAAAUGGUCACUGGGGAGGCGGCAUACUCUUCCUACUCCCCAGUCCAGGCAGCAGUAGGAAUUGCGGCAUGUGGACUGAGGCCGGAUAUACCCAAAGAUUGCCCUCAGGUUCUAAGGUCACUGAUGUCGAAAUGCUGGAACAAUUGCCCUUCUAAGCGACCCCAAUUCUCAGAGAUAAUCUCAAUCCUCUCCAAGCACAGCAACAAAUGAUAUGUUUUUCUCUGCUGUAGAGUUACAUUUAGUAGUUGUGUAAACUAUAAACAGCGGUUCUUGUAUUAGUGUUUCUACCUUAAAAUUUCCAUGUGAAUGCUAUCCUUCAAGAUAGUGUACAACGAUUAUGUUUAGGAUCA